AUACCUGCUUCAACUUUGACAUCACUUUUACCUCAGCUUUUGGACAUGCUUGUUCAGAGGCGGGAGUGGCCAUCCCGGGAAUUUGGUAGAUGUACUGGGGGUGGGACUGACUUUAAGACAUCCCCACUCCUUCUUCCCCAAGGGACACACAGUGAUGAAUGGAUGCACUGCGCCCUCUGGAACAUUUCAAAGUGUUUUCCCUGCUUGUCUAGGUGCUUGUAAAUGUUCCACUAAGCUGAGUGGCCCAGUGCCCAGGCCAUAUCUCAAAAGGACUGGCAGGGAAGAAAUUUACCUGCUGCCUGGGAGCCUGCCCAGCCCAUCAAAGUGAGGCUCUGAGACUAAGUGACUGCCUCAGCAAUCCCUCCCCCAUCACGGUUUUCCCUCUCAUCUCUUAAUCAUCGGGUUCUAUUGUCAUUCCCUUGUCUGCCCCUCACCCUCACCUCCUCUGCAGGGCAGGCUGCUUACCCCUAGGAGGGGAUGCAGGCACAUUUAAUUAGCUUCUAGAACAGGACCUGGCUGGGACUCCUAUCACCAGCUUCCAGCAGCCUCUGUGCAGCCUCAGUUUUCAAACUAAUCCCAGUCCUGCACUUGGGAAACUGCAGGGUCUCAGCAUCCUCCUCCUGCCUGGCUGGUUUUUUAAUUUGGAUGCAUAUUUUUUGUUAUUUCCGGUCCCAGAGGUUGAAUCCAGGGCCUCUCUCAUGCUAGACAAGUGCUCUGAACUACAUCCUCCCCUCCCUUACCUUCCUCCAUGCAGGCUGGGUUUGUUAAUGGCUCAAGGAGCCUCCUUUUCACUUCCCCUAGCGCUGCAAGGCUCCAGGGACAUCUGACCAAGGCUGUUGCCUAUAGUGGCCUGGGUGUCACUGUCACAUUGGCUUUCUGGAAGCAAGAUCAUGCAUUCCUGGUACAGCUGUGGGGAAGGAGGAAUAAUAUGCCAAAGGCAUACAGAAAAUCAGAAGGCUGAGGGAGGCCUGCUUCCCCUUUCUCUCAAAGCAGGGCAAACAACAGGUUUUUGGAUCAUGAUCCCCCAGUGGAUUCCAGGAUGGCGGCCCCUAGGAUUCGGAGGCUUCUCUCCUGCCUUUCAAGGUUAGAUAUGUUGUCCAGUCCCAGUGGAGAACUGAAGCACCCUGGGCAGAGAAGGAACUAUUAGGUGCACCUUGUAGUCAAGGGCAUAAGGCCUGUCGAAUGCAUUUUCAGGGAGAAGCUGACCCACCAUCUGCCAUGAACUGGCUGGGCCAAUACCCUCGGGGAAGAGCCUCGAAGCCUAGAACAAGAGAACAGGUGGUAUGCUGGGGCCCAGCAAGUCCGUGAGAGUAAGGAGGCCAGCCAGGACUCUUGACACCACCGAGUGUCUCUGUCUUAGUCAGCCCCGCCCCCGAAGGGAGACCGAGCAAGCGAAGGAACGGGACUUUUCUAGCCAGACCCAGAAGCCCCUUGGAAAAGAUUCCUGCCUGCCUUGCGCGAUGACGCACUUCCUGUUUGAGGCUCCCGCUGUCCUCAUUGCUUCCGGCAGGCGGCGCGAGCGCCACGGCGGGCUGUGGCCCUAGAGCAUUGUGGGAAUCGCAAUCUUGGCCCCGCCCCUUCCUCUCUGUGGGUAAUGCCGUGAUGAUUUCCGGGGCCGCCCGGACACCAGAAGUGGGAGAUGUAGUUCUUUUGGGCAGGGGACCCGCGGUACGGGGGCAGUAGAGGACUCAGCUUCCCAGAGGGCCGUGCGUGUGUGGGCGGGGAGCGCGGCCCAAAUGUUUUGGGAUCCGGAACCCGCGGCCCCCAAGGUGCCGGUUUAGAGGAGCGGCAUCCGGAACUGGCUAACGCCGGCCUGGAGAACUGGAUCCCCCGAUAGUACAGCGUCUGCCGCUGCGCCCUGCAGUCGCCCGGAGGCGCCCUGGGCAAAUCCGCCGCCAGCCCUGAAUAGGCACGGGGGCCGCCAUUACCUUUCCUCGCGAGCGCUCUCGCACUAUGAGGCAGCGUGCCGGGCCUGGUGUCCGGCGUGUGUACCGCACUAGCCGACCGCGCGAUUAGCGCUUUGUAUCCUUGCUCGCUGCUAGGUGCAACUAGCCCCAUGCAGACCACCUGGUUGUGCUACGCCUCCCUGGAGACCGUUGUCAGCGUCAAGUAAGAUCCCACGCAGCAAGCAGCUCCUGGGCCUGAGAACACACCCUUGCCACCGAGGACCUUCGUGAGUGCUCUCACGCCCAGCUAGCCAGGGCUCCACUGUGCACCAGAGGCACGCAGCACACCAGGCAAACUGUUGGUGUGGUGUGGUCUGAGAAAACAUGGCUAAGGCAGGAUCAGGCGAGCCCUGCCCUGGUUUGGAGGCUGAGCAAGUGACAGAGUAUGACGCCCUGCCUUCUGACUCCAUCUCUCUUAGUGACUCAGACUCGAAUCUCAGCUGGCCAGGUGAUGCUGAGGUGGAAUCACUGUCACCAGAGGUACAGCCUGGGGAGACCCAGGAGGACCCAGAGCCGGAAGAGCCCCCUUCUCACUCCAGUGGCACUCCCACCACUGCAGUACAGCCCUUCUUGCUUCGAGGCAUGAGCUCUACCUUCUCUCAGCGAAGCCACAGCAUCUUUGAUUGUCUGGAAGGGGCAGCCAGGCGGGUGCCAGCCCCUGCAGUUCAAACCAACAUGAGUGACAAUGGUAACUUCAAGUGCCCCCUGUCCCCCUCCAACCAGCCUCCAGCAGGGACUCUAGGUAGGGCCCAUAGGAGACCUGAUCCCCCAAGGGUAGCCCCUGUUCCUGACUAUGUGGCACACCCAGAGCGCUGGACCAAAUACAGCCUGGAGGAUGUGGCUGAGGCCAGCGAGCAAAGCAAUCAGGCCGCUGCCCUGGCCUUCCUGGGCUCCCGGAGCCCCAAAGUUCUCACUGACUGUACACUGUCCUUCAACCAGGAUCCCUCCAGCUGUGGUGAAGGGAGAGUAGUCUUUACCAAGCCAGUCCGGGCCAGUGAGACCAGACCUGAAAGGAAAAGGGUCCUGACAAAAGGGGACUCAAGUGAGGGCCCUGUAGAGCUGACCCACUUGGCAGGGCUUGGAAGCCCAGAGGCUGAGGAAUGGAGCACUCCCCAGGGCUUGCAUGAGGCGAUGCCUUCAGGGGCUGUCUACACUGGGUCCUCACCAGGUUCCCCAGGGGCAGAGACAGUUGGCUUCCAUGUCAGCAAGAAGCGAAGCCGGGAGCAUUUGCGGAAUAGGGGCAGUGCCCUUGAGGAGCUGGGGUCUGAGAAGGAACACCCAGCCUGACCACCCUACCAGGCUGCAGGCAGAGCUGGCCAGAGUCACUGCCACUGGGAGGGCAGGGGCAGCUCCUUUGGAAGGAAGCCAGCGGGCUGCCUGUUGGAGGCAUCAGCAGCUCUGCACAUCCACCUCCAGAGCGGAGACCUUUCCUGUACUUGGGGAGGAGUCAGACUGGGCAGGGACAUCAGAAGCCCUGGAUCCCUAAUGUCCAUCGUGGGGAAAUAAAAGAUUUAGGGUCUUUUUCCA